UGUACAUAUGAAUCCCAAGAUUUGAGCUUCCACAGCCACCCACCCCACGCCAUCCCUUUUUCUGCUUUUGGUGCCGAUUUGGCAGCGAAGAUAGAUUACGAAGAUACCUGCGAGGGAAGCAUGGCGGAGUCCAGCGGUGGCGCACCGCCGGCGAAGGUCAUUUUCGGCAAGUACGAGCUGGGCCGUGUCCUGGGCCGAGGCGCCUCCGCCAAAGUCUACUACGCGCGCGACAUCGCCUCCGGCCGCAGCGUGGCCAUCAAGGUCUUCCCGAAACCCAGCCGGCCCUCCAGCUACGGUUCCGCCUCCUCCUCCUCCUCCUCUGACUCCUUCAUCCGCGAGAUCUCCGCCCUCCGCCUCCUCCGCCACCCGCACAUCGUCCGCCUCCAUGAGGUGCUCGCCUCCCGCUCCAGUGUGUACCUCGUCCUCGAGCUCGCCAAGGGCGGCGAGCUCAUCUCCCGCGUCCACGACCGGGGCCGCCUCCCGGACGACCUCACCCGCCGGCUGUUCCACCAGCUCCUCUCCGCCGUCGCCUACUCCCACUCCCGCGGCGUCUUCCACCGGGACCUCAAGCCCGAGAACCUACUCCUGGACGACGCUGGGGACCUCAAGGUCUCCGACUUCGGAUUCUCCGCCGUCUCUUCCUUCUCCGAAGAUUACCUCCUCCACACCCAAUGCGGGACGCCGGGGUACGUGGCCCCGGAGAUCCUCCUAUCGAGGAAAGGGACGACGGGGUACGACGGAGCCAAGGCGGACAUCUGGUCGUGCGGCGUCAUCCUCUUCGUGCUCAACGCCGGCUACCUCCCCUUCAACGACCGCAACCUCGUGUCGCUCUACCGCAAGAUCCACCGCGGCCACCACCGCUGCCCCCGCUGGACCCCGCCCGACCUCCGCCGCCUCAUCUCCCGCCUCCUCGACCCCAACCCCGCCACCCGCAUCUCCGUCGAAGGCAUCCUCCGCGACCCCUGGUUCGCCCGGGGCGUCGACCCCGAGCAGUUGGCGACCAUGAUGCGACCCCAGGGAAGCGACGCCGGCCUCGAUGACAAGCCCCACCGCCGCCGCGGCGGAGAGCUCAACGCCUUCGACCUCAUAUCCUUCGCAUCCGGGCUCGACCUCUCCGGCCUCUUCGUGGACGCGGCCUGGGACCGGCAGCGGUUCGCGUCGGUCGAGCCGGUGGACCGGAUCCUGGACCGGGUCGAGGAGGUGGGAAGGGAGGCAGGGUUGGUGGUGAGGAGGGAGGGCGAGAAGGGCUCGGCCGCAGUGAUCGAGGGACACAAGGGGGAGUUCGUCCUGACGUUACAAGUUCACCGGUUGACCGGCGGCACGGCGGUGAUAGAGGUGGAGGUGGGCAGUGGAGCGUACGGAAGCUUCUGGAACGAGAAGCUGAGGCCCAUGCUGAGUGGGCCACUUCACGUCGGCGGAUUGGGCUGAUGCUCUUAAUUAUAAUUUGCUAUAAACACAUAAGUAAUUCUUAAUAUAAAUAAUUCAUGGUCAAUUAAUAUAUUAAUAGAUACACAUAUUUAUAUUAAGCAAUAUAUUGUGUUUUCUCGACAAA